UUCAACUACGACUAAAUAUAAACUAAAAAAUCAAUUUUUUUAAUUCAAAACACCUUUUUGGGUGAACAGUCCGUCCUUCUCCCUUCCCCCUUCCCCCAAGAGAACAUUUUUCUGUCUUCCAAAGCUUGUCACUCUCUCAUCUUAAGAUACCAGUCUCUUCACAUUCCUUCCUCCUCUUUUUCUUUUCUCUUCGAGAAAAUUUCUUUCACCGGAGAUAAGAAAAUUGAAACCAAACAGAAACAAUUGAUGACUCGUGAAAUCUACUCUCAAAUAGUAAUGAUACUUGCAAGUAUAUUUCACACAAGCUAGAUCUUCCAAAAACUAUUUCAGAUCUGCUAUCAACAAGCUCUCUAACGAAGCCCUAGCCGAAAAAACAUCCUUCUCAAAGCUAUGGUUCUAAAUCUCCAAGGUUUUAGAACUUCUUCUCUUGAAUCUCUUGCUGGGGAAGAGUGUGAUGAUGUGUUCUUCAACAACAUAUUUAUGUUCUUGUGUUCUUCGACAACAUAUUUAUGUUUCUCGAUUUUGUUUCAAUUUUUUCUGAAACCUCUUAUCUAAAAUAUAUUUCAUCUAAAAUAUAACUGAUUGAGGUUUGAUUUCGUUGUUGUCGGUUGUAAUUCGCAGGUUCGGAUUUAGUUUCUGCAAUUAGCUUGAAGAGUAUUUCUUCGUUUAAAGCGUUUUUUCUUAAAGAAUUUUAUGCCAUUGAGUAAAUACUAUUUGCAAGAAUUUAAGCAAGCAUGCCUUUAUGUUCACCUGAGAGUUGGUCCUUAUGCUCGUGUUGAAUGGAACUUUGGGUAAUAACUAUCAAAGAGUUUAAUCUUAGUUACCUCUUUUACUUAAACUAUGAUCAUUUUUCCUCGAAAAUAAUGAAAGCUGAAAGGUUGUAUGAAUCACAGGGUGGUCCAAUAGUUCUAUCUCAGAUUGAAAAUGAAUAUGGACCGAUGGAGUACGAACUCGGUGCUCCUGGUAAAACCUAUACUCAGUGGGCUGCACAUAUGGCUGUAAGAGAUGAAGUGAAGAAUAUGAUGAAAAGGGAUUUGAAAUGUUCUGUUGAGUCUGAUUUUUUCUUUAAAUGUGAUAUAUGUCUUACCAUAACAAAGGUACAAACGUUCUCACCAAUGAAGAGAUCUCUACAUGUCAUUGAUGAUACUGAAGGAAAAACGAACAGGUACUUUUUGUUGUGGAUGGAUGGAUUGGAACUAAACCACAAGAAGCUCAAUCAAGGUGGGACAACUUCAACAAGCAUAGAAAUCAGGUGAAGUGGAAGGUCAGCAGAGGAAAGGAAGGUGUAGAAUGAUAUGAAUAUGGUCAUUUUCAUUUCCCUUCAAUUCAAUAUCAUAAUGACUUUGAAGGCAAUGAUAGUAAUUUUGUCCUUCUUAUGGUUGAUUUUGCAGGAACUUAACUUAGUGAAGGAUAAGGUGAAAUUAUUUAUAUGAUUCUCUCUUUUCUGUUCAUUAACUUAAAAGGCUUUUCUUGCUGAAGCUUUACUUUUUUAUUUGAUGAACUGUGUUUCACAUAAAAACACUGCAACAUGAAAUUUUAUGGAGGGCUGCUUGUGGAGAGCAAGUGUUCUCAACGCAGGAAUUAAUGAUAAGAGCAUGACAACAUGUUUUAUGUGAAACAAGUGUUUACAUAAGUUUGUGUUUUUGAAUAUGAAAGAUAGAAUAUAAAACCAAGAGAAAUGUUCUUUGUGAAUGUUACUUUUAUAUUUGUAGGAGGUGCAAUGUCUAAUGUUUUCUUAUAUGAACUUUUUCUAAUUUCACAUUCCUUGAUGUAUAGACAUUAUGCAGUUUAAGAUCAUCCUAGGAUCUAUCCAAUGCACUCAAACAAGCUCCAGCAUAAAGAAUUUGUUUUUCAUGUUAAAUACCAACCGCUCUAUAAUUGGUCCUUAUAUGUUCUUUGAUGUCUAUUGUUUUAAUAAAGGUGUCUUGAUAUAGCAACUAUAAUGUUUGAUGCUUCGAGGAAAAGCGCUGCCAAUUUUAACUUGCGGAGACUUUGCUUUGUGAUAGAGGUUGAGGAAUUGAAUACUUUGAUAAACAUGUUGAUGUACCGAUUAGUGGAUAAACCUUGAGAUAUCAGGAAAGUAUAAGAAACUCCUCUUUCGUAGAACUUAACAGAACGAAAUACCACUAUUGUCUAAUUUUCUGUCUCAUUAUAUUAACCCUCUUAAUGAACACCUUUGUAUUUCAGAUCAUUCUACUUCAAAGUGACAGUCUCAAGUGCCUAUUACUAUGCAAAACCAAGGACGACUUACGCAAAGAUGCCCACGUGAUGGAGUUCACGAUCGUUUUUAACCGACUACUAUCCAAACGUCUUGAAAGCUAUAGAAGAAAGCUAUAUAUUAACACUUUUGCUAUGAUUCCUCUGACAAAUUUACACUUUUGGAUUCAUUAGCAUUGUGGGAGGUUUUAUUUAUAAUUACACCAAAAAAAUAAUAUGUUUUUUUCUCUUAAUCUAUAUUUUAGGUAUACAAAAGGCCUUUAAAUAAAAAUCAGCUUGCUAAGAAGGAGGAUGAUGAUGUGACUGUAUAUGACAAUGCAUAUUUCACUGUUCAGGAGCAUGCAACAACAAUAAUUGAUGAAAAUUUAUAGAUUAUUGGUGGUAGUCGUAAUGGUAGGCAUGCAUGUGUCCAUUAAUUUUUUCUUAUACAUUGUUUUGAUUGUUUGAUAGUUACUGGUAUUAGUGGGAUUGAUUAUGUGGAUGUUGCAAUAUCUGUUGUAUGGGCUAUGUGGAUGUGGAAAUAUUUGUUUGUUGGAUUCAAUUUAUCAAUUUCAAAAUUUGUGUCCGGUUAAAGCUCACGUGUCAGGGUGGUUUAUUGUUGAAGUGCAUAUAUAAUAGCCGACAUAUGUUGUAUUCGAAUCCUUUUAUCAAGUCUCAAGUUUCUGGUUUGUUUUUGCAGUCACGGGUGCUUCGUCUCGGCUGUGCUGAUGAGUUUUAGAGUUUCGUUUUUUUUUAUGUUGUAGUUGAAGCCAACCAUGGAUAAAGCGGAAGAUCUAAUGGCACUGUUGGAAUUAAUGUUCAGUUACUAUUAUUAUUGAAGUUCUAUUUAUAGAAGUAUGAGUUUUUUUCGCCUGAUUGCUCAAAUGUUUACUUCCUCUUUGUUCUGUAGUCUUUCACGAUGCAUUAUGUACACGAGUACUCUAAUUAUGGAUGGUUAUAACUCAUGCAUAAGUUAGUUGGAUUGUAUAUAGGAAUACUUCAAGUACUGAGUUUAACUAACAACAUGAACAAUACUAACAAACUAACUGAUUGUGAGCAAAGUUUUACAUAACGAUUAUAGAUGUGUUUUAUUCCUUAAAA